AUGUGGGAGUCACGUUGGUGGAGUGAGAGGAUUGGUUGGCUCGGUUUGGGCGGGAAGACAGUGGCCCGAUACCCUCCUGAGGUUUGUGGCAGGAGGCUCAUCGAAGCUCUCUCAUCGAAGCGUCUCUCUGCCCUCCCCAGCGCUGAUUGGCCAGCUCUAGCCUCCCCCUGCGAGGAUUGCUGUCUGAGGGAGGUGGCAGCUGGAGCCACGGCUUUCGAGGAGAAAUCCCGGCUGGGGGCUGCUGGGCCUUGGCUCUCCCCCGAGAGUGCCAGCCUCGGCGCAGGAGCCCCCGCGCGGACAGGCCCUGGGCUCUCCCUCUCCUCAGGGGCUUGCCCCCACAGGAUGAGCGGGGACAGUUCCUCAGACGGGAGCCCCGAAGAAGAGGAAGGAGAGAAGGGGAGGUCACCAUGUCAGGGAGAAGACACUUUCAAGGAUAUAUCCAUGUACUUCUCCAAGAAGCAGUGGGAGGAGCUGAGAGAAUGGGAGAAAGUCCGAUUUAAGAAUGUAAAGGAGAACUAUGAGGCAAUGAUUAAAAUAGGUCUCACUGCCCCUCGCCCAACUUUCAUGUGCCGUGGCAGGCCAAAUAGGAGAGCCAAAGUAGAGGAAUCUGGAGAUUCAGAUGAAGAAUGGAUACCUAAGAAGCUAGUCCAGGACUUUGGCAUGAAUAAGGAAAUGGCCAAGGAACCAGCUGACCCCAAAGUGGAAGAAAUGAUGGAUUUAUCUGAGGAGUUGAAGAUAGUAGUCAUGAAUAACCUGACCACCUCAGAAGCAGUCAAGAAGCAGAUAGAUCAGACGGAUGGAAUCUAUACCACUAACCAGCUGACUGAGGGAAAAUUGGAGUGCAGAAGAAAGGAGGUUGAAGUCCAUAUCUAUAAUUUGCGGGAACGAAAGUAUCAAGCGUACCAAGAAAUCUGGGACCCUCGGGACGAUGACUUUCUCUUCUGUGAGGAGUGUCAGACAUUCUUCCUGGAGACCUGUGCUGUUCAUGGCCCCCCAAAGUUUGUCCAAGAUAGUGCCAUGGUCAAGGGACAUCCUUACUGCUCAGCCAUCACCCUGCCCCCUGGGUUAAGAAUUGGGCUUUCAGGGAUCCCUGGUGCAGGACUUGGUGUGUGGAAUGAGGCCUCAGAUCUACCCGUGGGUCUGCACUUUGGGCCCUAUGAAGGGCAAAUAACAGAGGAUGAUGAGGCUGCCAACAGUGGAUACUCAUGGAUGAUCACCAAGGGGAGAAACUGUUAUGAGUAUGUGGAUGGGAAAGAGGAGUCUUGCUCUAACUGGAUGAGGUAUGUAAACUGUGCCCGAGAUGAGGAGGAACAGAACCUGGUGGCAUUCCAGUACCACAGACAAAUCUUCUACAGAAUCUGCCGGAUCAUUAGGCCUGGCUGUGAACUCCUUGUUUGGUACGGGGAUGAGUAUGGUCAAGAACUGGGCAUCAAGUGGGGGAGCAAGUGGAAAAGGCAGCUCACAGCUUUGACAGGUGAGCAACUGGGCCCAGGAAUCCAUCUUUGUCCUUCCUGCCCUCUGGGCUUCUCCACUCAUGCCUUCCUCAGUCAACACAUGCUGCUCAAACAUCCCCCUCAAGUAUUCCUGGAUUCAGGGACAGAAAAUAAUUAUGGCCUGGAAGAUCUCCAUCUAGACAAGCUGCUUUCCCCUGGUUACAGCUGUGUAAGUGACAAAGCAGAAACGUCACAAAAAGAGCACCCUAGCUCCUUGUGGGGGAAGACCAAACAAGUGGAUCUGGUGAAAAUACUCAGCCUGCCUCAGAGCCAACAAGUAAGGGAGAAGGAAAGCAGCUCUGGGGAAUGGGAUCUCAGCAGGAUCCAGGGGGAGAGCACUAAACAGACCACAUUGGCAUUGCAGGAAGAAGAUAAAAAAGGGUUUGGGCCAUACAAGUAUGGUGAAUGGAAGCAAGGAUUUACCUCCAAGUCACACCUCAUCACACACAGGUGGACACACUCAGGAGAGAAGCCUUAUGUGUGUGAGGAGUGCAGGCGAGGAUUUACACACAAGUCAACCCUCAUCACACACAGGCGGACACACUCAGGAGAGAAGCCUUAUGUGUGUGAGGAGUGCAGGCGAGGAUUUACACACAAGUCAACCCUCAUCACACACAGGCGGACACACUCAGGAGAGAAGCCUUAUGUGUGUGAGGAGUGCAGGCGAGGAUUUACACACAAGUCAACCCUCAUCACACACAGGCGGACACACUCAGGAGAGAAGCCUUAUGUGUGUGAGGAGUGCAGGCGAGGAUUUACACAGAAGUCACACCUCAUCACACACAGGCGGACACACUCAGGAGAGAAGCCUUAUGUGUGUGAGGAGUGCAGGCGAGGAUUUACACACAAGUCAUACCUCAUCACACACAGGCGGACACACUCAGGAGAGAAGCCUUAUGUGUGUGAGGAGUGCAGGCGAGGAUUUACACAGAAGUCACACCUCAUCACACACAGGCGGACACACUCAGGAGAGAAGCCUUAUGUGUGUGAGGAGUGCAGGCGAGGAUUUACACACAAGUCACACCUCAUCACACACAGGCGGACACACUCAGGAGAGAAGCACUACAUAAGUUAGACCUCAGCAAAUGUAGAUGAACACCUUACACAUGUCAAAGAUCAUGGGCAACAGUUUGCUAAUUUGCCAAAUCUGAUCAAAUAUAAGCAUACACUGUUAGUAAACAUAGCCUGUGUACUAGGUGACACACACAGGGAAGAAAUGGGACCCUUGAGACAAUGUUCAAAAAGCCAGCCCAACCACUGCCCAAACACUCUUCUCAGUAUGGGGCAAAGAUUAACUAAACAGGCACAAGGCUCUCAGCAGAUGGAUUUGAAUAGUUAGGGACCACUCUGAGGUUUAGUUUGGAGAGAUUAUGCUUCUAUGUUUCUGUUAAGUGUUUUAUUCCAAUAAACUUGUCAAGUCUUUGUGCCUUAUCACUACAAAAGGAUGGAGGGGGUGGCUUGGAGGGGGAAGAUAGGAACAAAGGAAAAGACAAAGAGAGCUCUUAGCCUAUACAUAAUACCUCAGUGAGACUGGGCCCAA